UCUGAAGAAUUUCCAGGGAAAUGUACCGAAGAAACUUGUUGUAAAAUGCGGCGGGAGGUCAUGGUUCAUUCGGACAGAAGAAAGUGACGAGGGCUACCACUUUUCACAAGGUCUUGCAAAGUUUGUGAAGGACCUGCACUUGGAAUUAGGGGAACUGGUAAUUUUCUCAAUGGUUGGUCAUGAGACAUUUGAAGUGGUCGUAUAUGACACUGAUUGCUGUGAGAAAAGCACUUCUACAAAGAGUUAUGGAAGACAACCUCGUGAGCUCGAAGUCCUUAUUUUCUUGUUCAUUCCUGCUUUAUUUUAUUGUAAGUAGUCACGGAAUUCUUCAAGGCAUGCAGGUGCAUAUGCUGAAGGAAAAGGCGGUCUAUUGGAUGAGGUUAAAAAAGACGAGGAAGAGUCAAUUAUGGGGGUUGAAUAUUACAUGCCUGCUAGGCAUCCUUAUUUUGUGCGCUCUAUGAGAAAAUACGAAAUGCGUUGGCUUAAUCUUCCAGCAGCUUUUGUUAGAGAGGCGAGGCUAAAAUCAAAGAGAAGCGUGGUCAUCGAAGAUCCACUGAGGAGGAUUUGGCCAGUCCAGUUGCGCCAAUAUGUUUGGCACACCAGUAUCAGUGGGUGGUCAAGUGUGGUCAGAGCGAACGGCUUUGCAAUUGGCGACACCCUGAUGUUUGAAUACCUUGGAGGCAGGGGCGAUGCCAUAGCGCUGAGGAUAAUGAGCAGAGCAGGAACAAAUGGAGCUGGACCGGCUUAGGAGAAACUGGCUUGAAAAAGGGAGUAGAUGCUUUUCUGAAGGAAGGGCGGGAACAACUUUUGUUGUUUUCGCUGAGAAAGUGGAAUGUCUUGGAUAGUUUUUCAUGGGGAUAGAGUCAUAGGAGCUGGCUUAGCACUGUCUAUAGAUCAUGUGGCUAGGAUCGUUUGGACCAUUGAUCAUGUGGACUAAGAUCGUUUGAACUGACAACCUGGUUUCUCUUCUUUUGGAGAUACUGUGCUCGGUGCGUGCAAA